UAAUCUCUCGGUUAACGAAACACAAGUUUGUGAGGAAGUCCCCUUUCCUCACCACCUUCGGGAAUUCACCUCGAGUUACUGAGAUGUUCUAUAAAAUAUGGAGGUUGUGUCAGAAGUAGCAUAGUCUGCUAGUGUGUUUUGAGCUGUGAAGAAGUAUUUGAGAUCACCAUGCAGUCCCCAAUUCUUCUGUGUCUCGCUGCUAUCCUAGCCUGUGUUUGUGCUCAAGUGAACAGGCUUCCAACCAAUGAUGAGACCAGGUUCUACAACUUUGAACGCAACGCUGGCAGGGGAAAGGUCUUUGGAACUCUUGGCAGUUCUGAUUCUGGUCUUUUCGGCCGAGGUGGUUACAAGCAGGACAUAUUCAACGACCACCGUGGUCGUCUCGAAGGUCAGGCAUAUGGCUCCCGAGUCCUCGGCCCAGCUGGAGACAGCAGUAUCCUUGGAGGCAAGCUGAACUGGAACAACAAUAACGCCAGAGCUACCCUGGAUGUCCACAAGGAAAUCGGCAGAGGCAGUGGUAUGUCCCUCACUGGUGAUGGUGUUUGGAAAUUGGACAAGAACACAAGACUAGUGACUGGUGGAAACUUCCAGAAGCAGUUCGGACAUAACAAGCCUGAAUUGGGUGCUCAUGCCGCCAUUGAGCACGAUUUUUAAGAGUUUAGUUGAAAAGACUGUCUUAUAACAUGAUGGAUAAGUCAUAAAGUCCAUUGAAGGAUACGUUUAAAAUUGGCUGUGAAGUACAUAGUACCAUAAGUUAUACAUUUUUCUUUGUUAUAAAUUCGUUAUUGUAUUGUAAGUUAUCGCAUUUACUUACCAAAGCAUGUAUUAUUUUGCAAAUUAAAAGUGCCAAACUUUUUUUUGAAUAAAAUCAGUAAUUUAAAUGAAA